AUGUAUGCGGGCCAAGCUUGGGAGCAGCAAGUACACAAACGAGACCGAAUAACGACCAGUGGCACGAUGGGCGAUUGUCAAAGAGCUUGUUUUAUCAGGAGCAGCAUCAACAUCGAUCAAUACUUUACUGUUGGAAAUAUUGUCCGGUCAGGAGAAACGAUUUCAAGCCGAGGAUUUAGUGAGAGGAUCGGGGGGAAGGGAGCUAAUGCAGCGGUUGCGAUUUCCAAAGCGGGAGAACGUGUCUAUUUUUCUGGACUGAUUGACAAUCAGUCAACUUGGCUAAAAGAUACUUUGAAGGCAUUUCAGGUUGAUGUUGAUGGAUUGAAAAUCUGCGAUGAAAGAUCAAAACUUCCAACUGGCCGAGCAAUAAUUCAAGUUUCUCAUGAGACCGGCGAAAACGCAAUCGUUCUGGUCCCAGGAGCCAACCAUGCGCCGUCCGAGUUUUGGCCAGAACUUGAAUCAAUACUGAAGCCGAUGAAAUAUAGUCACGUAUUACUUCAAAACGAGAUCCCAAUCGCCCAGACUCUCCACACCUCGAAAAUCGCUCAUUCACUAGGCAUCACCACCAUCUUCAAUCCAUCACCACUACCAAGCCCCAAGGAAGUUACAGAAGUAAUAGAUUGGAGUUGUAUAGAUUGGCUGAUCGUCAACGAGGAAGAGGCACGAAUGCUAAGAAAUCGCGCAACUUCUAGGACUCGCUGCGACGAUCAGCUUGAAUGCGGAGAAAUUCCUGAUUUGAAACAAGAGCUGGCAGUUUUGCAAGAGUUAAUCAGUUUUUCGAUGGCCACGUUUUCAAUCGUCAUAACCUUGGGCUCACGUGGCUCUUUGCUAGCCUUUCGACAUACUCCAUCCGUUUGGAUCGGCGUUCAUACUCCUCCUAGUGCAGGAAAGAGACCGGUAAUCAAUACAACUGGGGCUGGAGAUUGCUUUACAGGUUUUCUGGUUGCGGAAUUGAUCAGAUUGGACAAGAGUCCGAUACCUAAAGAUCAGCUUUUAGAAAGAUUGAAGAAAUCCAUGCAGGUAGCUAGCCAAGCAGCCCGUUUGUGUGUGGAAAACCACGGAACCAUUGACAGUUAUCCAACCCUUGAAGAAGUGCAAACUCAUUCAAAUGUUUGCAGCUAGUUUGUUUCUCUCUCUUUCGCAAGAAAUACAAUGAAGUUCAAACUUUUCAUAACAUCAGAAUCAAAAAUGUUUUCAUCUGCACCGAUGCUUUUGAAGAUUUCUACACUAAGGAAAGCGUCAUUCAUCACAUUACCAGGCCAUAUGCACCACAGAAAAGCUGACCAGAGGAAAGAGGGAAUCAUGCUACGAGCAAAAAGGCUUGGGCACUUCUCAAGCAUGCCGG